GUUCCUUUGUGUUGUUGUUGCUGCUGCUGCUGCUGCUUUUACCUGCUUUGCCGUCUUAUUUGGGUCUGGACACUUACAGAAAACAAGGAAAGAGUUGGUCCCUGAAUGUGGUGCCCAGGAUGCCAAAAAAGCCGCGCUAGAGAUUUGCUGAGAGCCACGGCUAUUUUUGUAAGGAGCUGAUACUUUAGUCUGGGCUGCAAGCAUUGCCUCGGGAAAGGGGUUAGUGUCUUGGGAGGUGGGGAGGCAGGGCUUCACUAAGAAGAUAGUUCAAAAGAAGAAGAAAAGACCCCCCAAAGAAAAACCAGAACUGUAGAGGACUUCCCACCCAUCCUUCAAUUUGCCGUCUCCUGCAAAAGUCAGCGCUGACCCUGGUCAUAUCCUCUCAGCUGCCAGUACAACUUAACCUUUUCCACCAGAGUGUUCCUUACCGUCACCAUUAUGACAGAGAUUACAGCAGAAGGACCUGUGUCCACCACUACAGUGAUAGACAGCAAGAAUGGAACAGUCCCCAUGCCACAUGUGAAAGUGUCCAAGAAAGUUUCAGAAGACUUUGCCACCACGUUCAGCUCACCAGCAGCAUGGCUACUUGUCGCUGCACUCAUUGUUACCUGGUCAGCUGUGGCCAUUGUCAUGUUUGACUUGGUAGAUUACAAAACCCUGGCAGGAAUACAUCAACUUGAUAUUGACAAAGAUGUGGGGAAAGCUGAGAUCCCUAGAGGGCAAUCCGUAAACAAGCUCACCACUGAUCCACUGAGACUCGUACAUGGUGCGGUGGAAGAGACAACAGACUGGGUGUAUGGCUUUCUUUCAUUAUUGACCAACCUCAUAUUUGAAGAUGAAGAUGAGAGCGAAAGAGGUGAAGUGGCGCCUUCCUUGAAAAUAAAAGAAGGAAUCCAACCACUGGUCAAAAAGAAAGAAAUCCACAUAGAUAAGUCUGAAAAACCAGAGAAAACUGAAAAGAAGCCACCACCCAAAGAAAUUCAGACAGACAAGCCUGUAAAGCAUGAGAAAAUUGAGAAGAAGCCUCCACCCAAAGCAAUUCCCAAAGAGAAACCUGAAAAGCCAGAGAAGCCUGAGAGACCUGAGAAGCCAGAGAAAGCUAAGAAACCUGAAAAGCCAGAGAUAGUAGAAAAACCUGAAAAAAGAGAAAUCUCUAAAGCGAUACACAAAGAAAAGCCCGAAAGACAUGAAAAGCCCGAAAAGAAAGAAAAGCCUGACAGGAGCGGCAAACCUGAACGACCUGAAAAAGUGGGGAAAGCCAAAGAACCUCCCAAAGAGAAACCUGCAAAGGAAGAAAAGCCUAAAAAGAAAGCACCACCUUCCCCAAAAGACAAGAAGAGCAUAAAGGUUGAAGACAAGGCUAAGAAGGAUGUGAAGGAAAGAAAACCAGAACCCAAGGCACCCGAAAGAGUGAAGCAUAAGGAAACCAAAGCAGAGGUAGUUGCACCUGCCAAAGUCAAAGCAAAGGAAGAGACAGCACUGGUGGUUACAGAAAAGUCUGAGAAGAAAGAUCAAUAUGCAUUCUGUCGUUAUAUGAUUGACAUGUUUUCGCACGGGGAUUUGUAUACAGGGCCGCCUCCUCACCUUUGGUUUCCACAGACCCCAGCAAUGACACCUGCAAUCCCGGCUGUUGAAGUUGGAAAACCUAAUGUGACAACUACAAAGCCAAUAAAAGAAGAAAAGGCAAAAAAAGUGGUUCAACAGAAGAAAACUAUUCCUGAAGUUAAAACAAAAGAUGUGGAAGAAAAGAAAAAGGUAACACAUGAAAAGAAAGUUAUUCCUGAAAUUAAAAAGAAAGAAGCAGAAAAAGAAAAGGAAGUGGUAACCCAUGAGAAGAAGGUUGUUUCUGAAAUUAAACCAAAAGGAAAAAAAGAGGAAAGAAAGAAAGCUCCUGAGAAGACAGCUGUCCCCGAAGUUAAAAAAGCAGAUAAGAAAGAAGCUGUUUUGACAAAAGACCUCAAAAAGCCAGCAAAAGCUCCUGCAGCCCAACCAGCCUCUGUAAAAGUAGCAGCACCAGAACCACACAAGAAAGAAAAGCCAGUAGAAACAGCCAAGCCCCCAAAGAAGGAUGUGCCUGUCAAAGCAGCUGUGACCACAGAAGUUCAUAAGCCAAAAGCAGUACAUGAAAAGAAAGAGGAUAGGCCGUUGAAGGUGGUAGAGAAAGAGAAACCAAAACCAAAAGAAUCAAAAGAUGCCAGAGAAAAAGAAAUAAAGCAUCACCCAGCAUUGAAAGACAAAGAUGCUGCAAAAGAAAAAGGGAAGCCUCCAGUUGCUGCGAAAGAGAAAGAACCUGGCAUAAAAAAGGAAGCCAGUCUACCUAAAACAGGCAAGAAAGUGGAACAUAAACCAGCAAGUGAAUCUAAAGCCACUGAGAAUGAUGGUGAACGUACUAGAAUUCAGCUGACAUGUGGCAAGAGCUGCAAUAUGUAA